CCGGAUGUGUUCCCUCCUCAUGGAAGCAGAUGGCAAGCAGGCGGGGGGAAAAGGAACGACAAGUCAAUGCAUAGGUACGAUAAUGUCACACUUGGAAACGCUGCUCAUCUUGAACAGACAAUGCACAAAAAUCAGAUCCUCAGCGAAGUCCACAGCAUUGGAAGGGAAGCAGAAAAAUCAUACCUCGAAAUUCUGCAGCACAGAGGGGCUCUGGAAACAAAGAACAGCGACAGGUACAACAAAGGAAAUUCAGGCCAAUCGAAAAGAAAACUCAGAGGCGAUGAAGAAGAAGUCAAAGGAUCAGACAAACCACCGUCUAUGAAAAAGUACAGGGAAGGGAAAGGGUCAUCAGGCGACAAGUCCAGCGACAUGCAGCUCGACACAUCCCUGCCCACAAGGACAGUAGAGGACAACCAGGACACGGACAUGGAAGACGACUCUUCCAAUUCUAUGGAGUGGCUUGACGAGUACAUCAGCUCACUGAAAUCACGUCGAGACCUGGACAUGGAAAUCCGACUGGCCCACGCCAGGCACAUCAGCAGCCUCCAAAAGACUGCAAGCUCAGACAUUCUGACCGGAUUUCCAACUUCCCCAAAUCCUUACGAUGCACUGCAAGGUGAGAAUACCUUCUUAGAAUUCCUUGCUCUACAAUACGUAGACAAGAAUGAAGAAGGGAUGGAGAUCACGGGGAGCACCUCUUACACAAAACCAACUGAAUGGCCAAUCUCUUACCUUUGCAAUGACAAGGAAAAGUCUCAGCAGGAGAUUGACACCACCACGGGGACAAAAGGACAAGGCGAACAAGCAUCAGAGGAAGACAAAAUGAAAGCACUCGCCAAAGAUCUGAUCGGCCAAACCAGCAACCAGAAGAAGGAGAAGAGGAGACAAAUUGCCAUUCUCGAGAGGCAAACAAGACACCUGGAAGAACAAAACCAGGAAUUAGGAAAAGUCUCCCGCUCCCUGAACAGAAUUGCUGAUGAAAGCCCAUCAGAUCUGGCUGUAACAACCAAGAUUGACACCAUCUCUUUCUCCCCUGCCACUCCAAUCGUGCCCGUCCGAUUCAACAUAGAAAAAAGUGAAUGGCAGAUUGCAGUCCGACCUUCUCUGACCAUGGUCACAACACAAGAGACCGAGAAGAUACCUCAUUUCAUCAGAGCCAACAUUUUAGAUCAGAGUCCUUUGCUCAUCCACAAGUUCUGGCAAGACAAGAGUUUGGACGUGGUAUGGAAAGAUGACAAUGGAGCAUCUCACUACAGGGACUUGAGCCCAAUCAUGGCGAUCUACGACCAGCAGACCAUCCUGAAGGACGACUUACAAUGGAAACCUUGGGAGCUGAUCUGCGAAAUCCCAUAUCAUCUCCUGGGUCACAAAGACGAGGUGGACARAAUUGCAUACAGCAUGGMUGCCUUCAUCAGACAGRAAUGGCUGGGCAGCAGCGAGGCGGAACUGUUGGAGAAAACAAAGAGGGAAAGGGAGAAGAGGGAGGAGAGUAGAACCGCUGCCACUACCUCCUAAUCACAUGACCAGCCCCUACUUGAGGACAACCAUCCAUCAGUACAAUGGAAAUCACACCGGAUGGUUCCCCAAAU